GGCGAAGAGCGCGCGCCGACGGACGCGGGGGCAUUAAACGGCUGCGGGAGUAGCAGCUGCCUCGUUGCCAUUCCUCCACCAUGUUCGAGGCGCGCCUGGUCCAGGGCUCUAUCCUGAAGAAGGUGCUGGAGGCGCUCAAGGAUCUCAUCAAUGAGGCCUGCUGGGACAUCAGCUCGAGCGGCGUAAACCUGCAGAGCAUGGACUCGUCCCACGUCUCCUUGGUGCAGCUCACCCUGCGCUCCGAGGGCUUCGACACGUACCGCUGCGACCGGAACCUGGCCAUGGGCGUGAACCUCACCAGCAUGUCCAAAAUAUUAAAAUGUGCUGGCAACGAAGACAUUAUUACACUAAGGGCUGAAGAUAAUGCGGACACCUUGGCGCUAGUAUUUGAAGCACCAAAUCAGGAGAAAGUAUCAGACUAUGAAAUGAAGUUAAUGGACUUAGAUGUUGAACAACUUGGAAUUCCAGAACAAGAGUACAGCUGUGUCGUAAAGAUGCCUUCUGGUGAAUUUGCACGUAUAUGCCGAGAUCUCAGUCAUAUUGGAGAUGCAGUUGUAAUUUCCUGUGCAAAAGAUGGAGUGAAAUUUUCCGCAAGUGGAGAACUUGGAAAUGGAAACAUUAAGUUGUCACAAACAAGUAAUGUCGAUAAAGAAGAGGAAGCUGUUACUAUAGAGAUGAAUGAGCCAGUUCAACUAACUUUUGCACUGAGGUACUUGAAUUUCUUUACAAAAGCCACUCCACUGUCUCCUACAGUAACACUCAGUAUGUCUGCAGAUGUACCCCUUGUUGUAGAGUAUAAAAUUGCUGAUAUGGGACAUCUAAAGUACUAUUUGGCUCCCAAGAUCGAGGAUGAAGAAGGAUCUUAGGAAGCAGUUUUAAAAUCCAAGAAAAUAAAAUUAAACUCUUUGAGAAUUGCUUCUGAGAUGCCAGCGUGUACUAAGCUCUUUGAGAAUUGCUUCUGAGAUGCCAGCGUGUACUGAAGUCUUGAAGUCUUUUGGUACAUUCAGAUGUACCAAAUUUGUACAUCUGAAUACAUAUGUAGAUAUUGUUUUCUGUAAAUAACCUAUUUUUUUCUUCCAUUGUCUGCAGUUUGUUUAAAGAACAAAGGCUAAAGUCAAAUCUGGUCUUAACCUAGAAAUACUUCUGCCUUACUUAGACAUACUCCUUAUGCUUUUUAUAACAAAAGAGUCUUGACUUUAAA